AAGUGUGCAUCAGUUGCUCAAGUGCUCGUCUGUAGCCAGAAAACUAGGAGGAAGUGCAGCUUGGGUGCCUCUCCACACGCCUCAUCAAUGCAGCUUUCAUUCUCUCUCGGUGGGGCAAGAUGGAAGCUGUACAAAAGGAUCACUGGUACUUGGUGGUACUCAUCCUUCUCCUUUUUCUUAAAGUGUCGGUCCCACAGAAAGAUGCUGUUUCUACUGUUCACUUGGAGGAAGGGAUGGUUCUCAGUUGUCUGUGCCCCUGGACCGGAAACCUCAGCAUGGUGUCUUGGACCAAAGUACCAGACAAGAAUCCAUUAGCAGUUUUCCAUCCAGAGUACGGUGUGGCCUUGUCACACCACUACUAUGAGAGAGUAGAGUUCCUGAGGACCACACCAAUGGAUGGAAGCAUUUCCAUGAGGAACGUCACUCACCAGGAUAUUGGGAUUUAUCAGUGUUCUGUUCAGACAUUCCCACGAGGUUCCUGGACCAGGACCAUCCAGGUGGAGGAUUUAGACGAGCCCCCCGAAGAAGAAACCACAGAUCUCCCCUCCGACGACGUGAUCGAGAUGGACGCAGAACAGAACAACAACCUGACCAUCAGCUGUAACCACGAGCACAACGGUACAGUUUACCAGGUCAUUGUGGAGAAGAUGCCGCACGGCCAGCCCUGGACCAUCAUCGGCGUGUGCAAAGUGGUGGAUGGGGAUCUGGUCGUCGAGGACUACAGCGACAGGGGACGGGUCAGCUGUGCACACAGCCUAGAUGUCAGUCUGCAGCUGACGGAUGUUGUGGAGGAAGACAAAGGUUUUUACCGCUGCAGUUUCAGCACAGAUGCCGGCAUGCAGACCACCACCGUGCUGCUUACCGUUCCCACCCCAGGAAGAAGAACAGGAGAGUGGAGUACAGAGUCAAACUGCACCCGCAUCACAUACAGAGAUGGAGGCAGCGGCACAGGGAGUAACGGCUAUGCAAGCUGUUGCGCUAGGACAAAUAAGGACGAGGUGGAAAUAAAUAAGGGGACAGAGUGUCUUGGAAUCGGAUUCUUGCCUUCAUUAUUUGGUCUUGCGGUUUGUAGCAAACUGAAACUGCAGUUCUGUUUUGCCAUAAUUCCUCUGGUACCAUAUGCGACUUGAUGAGUCCAUGUGGUCCAAAUAAAACAGUCAUUCC